AUGGAUGCCCUGAAGCCCUCAAGGGGCUGGUCUGCGGCUGCUGGGGUUCCCCAGGCCUUCGCCUCGGUGGACAGCCAGGGAAGGACAGCUCUGCGCUUGGCGAUGGACGGUGGCCACUGGAACUGCGUUCAGCCUCUCAUUGAGGCCUGCUGCAGCCUUCGCUCUGUCACUGAGGACUUGCGGUCGCCACUUACAGCUGCUGUGGAGCGUGGCUGUGGUGAGGAAGUCUUGGGCUUGGAUAAUAAGCUUCUGGGCCUCAGCAAAGAGCAGCUGCGACUUGCAGGACAGAUUUGCCAGAUCAUCAAGUCCAAGGAUUCCAAGGAUUCCAAGGGUGUCUCUGCGAGACUUGACGAUGUGGCAUCGCAGGUGAUGACGCACUUUGGCGCUCAAGGCAGCACGCAAACGCGUGGAUCGCCUGGCACGCUUUCUCCACCACCACUUCCUCCGAAGGAGGCAUCGAGAUCGUCAUUCACCAAGCCGGCUGCGGGUGACUGGUCUCCAGACUUCUGCCUGCUAGCCCUUGACCUGAGCCAGAGCAGGAAGUCUCGUCGCGCCCUGCUGCAGCCAGCUACGUGCUCGGCUCUUUGGCGUGUGAGCCUUCAGCAGAACCUUCCUGCCUUGGCCAAGAAGCUGGCGAUCUGGAUCGGGCUCUCGGUCAACGCAAAAAGUGGCGAGAAUUCGCGGAGCCAACUCCUGGAUGUACCUCCGUAUGCCUCCGAGGAUUCCGCACUAGCGCUGAUACUGGAGCGAGCUGUGGAAGAGCCGGAUUGGCUCAGCGUUGCGAGGAUCUUGCUCCACGUGGGCGCAAGUCCCACCUCCACGCUCCACGGCCAACCGCUGCUGAACUUCGCGCAAGAACAGGCGGACAAAAACCAGCCGGGCUUCAACGACAUGCUAGAGCCUCUCAUGCGAAGGAUGGGGCAGGAUAUUGAUCCUUGGAUCCAGCCAACAGCGCUGUUGGAGGACCGCACCGCCGAGUGCCCAAUUUGCCUGGAGACGCUAUGGACCUCCACGCCGACCGCCUUCGUCAAGCUCGUCGAAGGUGGCGGGCAAAGCGUGUUCCACGUGAUCUGCGCGCACUUCUUUUGCUUUGACUGUGCCAGCCAGCAGUACAUGAAGCAGCAGCAAGCUCAGGCCAGCGAGUACUUUUGCCCGACGUGCCGCGCAACAGCCCAUGAGGUCAUGCCAAUGCCUGACAUUGCCGUCAACCCGCGGCUGUGGUUCCAGUUUCUGGAUGUUAAUCGGUCCGGGGAGAUCGAUCAGAACACCGCCAUCCAAGCGUUGGAGGCCAUGCUCCCCAUCGACACAGAACGUCUCCACGAGUCCAUCGCUGGGGGGUGCGCCAACUGGGCCAAGGGCCACGUGUCCGAGCAGGAUUUCUUCGCCAAAGGCGGGCUCCUGGAGUGGAUUCGGGCCCACCAGCACGACCUGGCGUACGCAGCCAAGCGGGGCGCGGCGCCUCCGCUUCCUGGGGAAAACCUCGAGAGUUGGUUUAAGCACUGGGAUGUCGAGCGCCGCGGUGCCUUGGACAAGGGACAGGUGCUGAGGGCCUUGUGCGAGGCUUCGAAGACAUCAUCGUUGGAGACAAGGCGAAUCCAAGAACUCAAGGAUGGCAUCGUCGAAUUCUGGGAGAAGUAUCAUCUCGAUGAGGGCCUCACCCGCCUGCAUUGCAAGGACGCCUUGAUCGCGGCAGAUUUGGCAUUGCUGGCACAGAAGGUUGCGGGAACAGCCUGA